UCAGACAUACAUAAAAUGUACAUGAAUGCGUCAAUAAUUAUAAAAUUGUUGAUUGAAUAUAAGCUUGUCGAAGAGUCUCGCAGACAGGUGGGCAAGGCCAGUUUGUGUCCUGCGCAGCCUCUGGUACGAACCUUGGACCCUAGUAUUGCAGAAGCUGUUUCAAGUCUUCUAUGGGUAGCUCCUCAUUUGUUCGCUGAUGUCAGUGAAAUGAAAGUGAUUUCAGACCAGUUGACAGUGAAAUAUGGCAAGAAAUAUGCUGAGGCUUGCCGUUUAUCUGCAGUUGACACAGUAUCAGAAAAACUUAAGAAUAAGUUGAGCAUCCAUGCGCCUCCAAAGUUACUUGUGGAGAAAUAUCUGGUUGAAAUUGCCAAUUCUUACAACAUUAAAUAUGAACCCGAUCCACAGAUAAUGAGAGAGGACGGCCAGACGAAGGGCUUGGAUGCUUUGCUGUUUGACGGAGUGCCCAACGAUCUCAGCGACAAGAUGAUGCCUCCACAGCCACCUGGAUUUGUAGGAUAUCCUCAGCAUCCUCCUCUGCCACCGUCCGAUUUUCAUCCCUUUAACUACCCGUCAGUACCAGGAGCUACCUCUAAACCACCUUCAGCGCCCUUCAAUCAAGGUGGCGGUGGUGGCGGAGGCAUGAGUCAACCCCCCUGGGCGCAAACCCCGCCCUACCAUGCAGGGGGCCAUCCAAACCUGGCGCCCGAGGCACUAAUUCCGCCCAAGGAGUUCUCCUACAACAUUCCGCCGCUCGAAUCGUUUCCAUCGAUCGACGAUAACACGGCCAAACCGAGCAAUUUGCCGAACCCCCCUCCGGCCAAUUACUAUCCCGGCGGUGCUAGCAAUUUCGCUGAUAAUAAUAAGCAGAGUAACGUACAACCGAAACCGUUGCCUCGCUCCAAGUUGAACCCGGCCGACACGAUUCUGCCCGAAUUGCCGUCCGUGCCGAGUGAUGACAUCAUCAUUGACAACAACCUCAACCAACCAAGGCAGCCUCAUCCACCUCCAGACGACAACGAAAUCGACUUUGACGAUAUUGCGCGCCGAUUUGAGGAGCUCAAACGUAGAAAGUGAACCGCAUUCGACUUUCUAAGCUCAGUUUACCAUCCUUCAAUUCAAAAGGUGAAGCAAAAUGUUCCAGUUCAGCUUAGUUGACCAUCGUUUGAUUCAAAACGUGAAGAAAAAUGUUCCAGUUAAGCUUAGUUAACCAUCGUUUUAUUCAAAAACUGAACCAUAUUCAUCCUGUUAAGCUCGGUUAACUGUAGUUCAACUCAAAAAGUGAAUCUUAUUUAUCCUGUUACCUCAGUUUACCAUCCUCCAAUUCAAAAAGUGAAGCAAAAUGUUCCAGUUAAGCUUAGUUAACCAUAGUUUUAUUCAAAAACUGAACCAUAUUCAUCCUGUUGAGCUCGGUUAACUGUAGUUCAACUCAAAAAGUGAAUCUUUUAUCCUGUUACCUCAGUUUACCAUCCUUCAAUUCAAAAAGUGGAGCAAAAUGUUGCAGUUAAGCUUAGAAACUUAGUUUCUAAACGUAUUCACCCAGUUAAGCUUCGUUAAUCGUAGUUCAACUCAAAAAGUGAGCCAUAUUCAUCCAGUUAAGCUCCAUUAACCAUCGUUUAACUCAAAAGCUGAACCGUAUUCUUCUAGUUAAACUCCUUUAACUGUAGUUCAACUCAAAAAGUGAAUCUUUUAUCCUGUUACCUCAGUUUACCAUCCUUCAAUUCAAAAAGUGGAGCAAAAUGUUGCAGUUAAGCUUAGAAACUUAGUUUCUAAACGUAUUCACCCAGUUAAGCUUUGUUAACCGUAGUUCAACUUAAAAAGUGAACCUUUUUCAUCCUGUUUACCUUAGUUUACCAUCCUCCAAUUUAAAAAAUGAAGCAAAAUGUUGCAGUUAAGCUGCAGUUAACCAUGUUCAACUCAAGAAUUGAACAAACUCCAUCCAGCUGCGCUUAAUUAACCAGCGUUUAACUCACAAAUUUAUUAGGUUCAUAAUGUUGUGCUUAGUUUCCCAUCGUUCAAUUCAGAAAGUGGAGAAAAAUCUUCCUGUCGAACAGUCGAACUCAGUCGACCAUCGUUUGACUCAAAAACUUGAGCCAUAAAGAAAAGAUAGCUUAAUAUACAAUUUUUUCCUCUAUGAUUAAGCUCAGUUUUCCAUUGUGUAACUAAAGAUAUUGACUGUAUUCAUCUUGUUAAACUCAGUUUACCAUCGUUCAACUCAAAAAGUGAAGCAUAAUCUUCCAUUUGAGCUCAGUUAACCAUUGUUCGAUUCAAAAACGGGACCGUAUUCAUCCAGUUAAGCUCAGUUUACCAUUGUUAGACUUGAAAAGUGAACAAACUCUUCCUGUCGAGCUUAGUUAACCAUCGUUUAACUCAAAAUUUGAACCAUAUUCAACCAGUUAACCAUCGUUCAACUCAAAAACGGGACCGUAUUCAUCCAGUUAAGUUCAGUUUACCAUUGUUAGACUUGAAAAGUGAACAAAAUCUUCCUGUCGAGCUUAGUUAACCUUCGUUUAACUCAAAAUUUGAACCAUAUUCAACCAUCGUUCGAUUAUUCGACUGGAAAACUGAGCCAAAUUCAUCCUGUUAAG